UGAAAUUUCUGAUUAUAAUUGUUCGGCCCUGAUUAUUUGUGUGUUUGGGGGACUUUGAGAAGUGAGAAGCAUCCACUCCAACGAGAGACAUGGAGACUGCCAUAUGUGGGAGAUUAGCUCUCGCACCAAGCACUCUCUUCAAUUCUAAAUCAGGGGACAAACAUUCUAUCUCAAAAGGACCAUGUCUGAAUCGUGGCCUUCUCAUGGCCAUGUCUACGUCCGCAAUGGGUAAAGGAGGUGGUGUGUUGGACAAACCAAUUAUAGAGAAAACAACUCCUGGUCGUGAAUCCGAGUUUGAUUUGAGGAAAUCAAAGAAGAUGGCUCCACCAUACAGAGUGAUACUACACAACGAUAACUUCAACAAGAGAGAAUACGUGGUUCAGGUGUUGAUGAAGGUAAUACCAGGCAUGACUGUAGACAACGCAGUUAACAUCAUGCAAGAAGCCCACAUCAACGGUUUGGCUGUUGUGAUCGUCUGUGCUCAGGCCGAUGCAGAGCAACACUGUAUGCAGCUGCGCGGCAACGGUCUUCUCAGUUCCGUUGAACCUGAUGGUGGAGGCUGCUGAGACUAAUUUUAAAUUCGUAUAGAUUUUCCAUCUUCCAGGACUCUCUAUUUAGUAAAAAAAAAAAAUAUGCCCUUCGAUGUAUAUAAAUAUCAGAAAUUUGGUACAAGACUGUUACUAUAUGCAAUGAACCUUGCCUUUUAUAGGUCUUUUGUUGA